AUGGGUGAUCGGACGAGGCGUUGCGGCUGCUGGUUCACCGUCAUCGUCGCACUGCUCAUCGUCGUCAUCUUGCUCGCGGCGACUCGGGGUGCAUCGGCGGCGGCGCGGCGAGCCGGCGUCCUGGACGACGACAUGAUGCUGGCGAGCAGCCCCGGGACUAGCAGGAGCCACGGCGCCGGCGUCUCCAUGGCGACGGGGGAGGCCGCCUACCUCAUGGCCGCCCUGCACGCCAGUGGCAGUGGCUCACGCAGAGAUGCUACUACCAUCGAUCAGCUGCGGAAGUGUGCAGAAGCUACUGCUGUGCCAAGAAUCUCUGUGAAGCUUAUUAUUGCUGUGCCAUUGAAACACACCUUUAAAGAUUUUGUGAACGUCGCCAUCGAUAUAUUCAGGGCCGCUUUGGACAAGCUACAAUCUCCUCCAAGCUAUGAGUUAUGUGCCUUCGAGGGUACUUACGACGAGCUAGUUGGGAAUGUAUCUGAAAGGGUGUUUGAUGGAGCAGUGGGUGAUGUGACCAUAACUGAUGAACGUGCCAAGAUUGUAGAUUUUACAAUGCCAUAUGCACCAUCUGGUGUGUCCUUGCUUGUGCUCGCUGACAAUGACUCCAAACCAGCAAUCCAGUGGAUAUUCUUGAAGCCACUAACGAAGGAGCUCUGGCUUACUACGGUGGGCUUCUUCUUCUUCACUGGCUUUGUCGUGUGGGUGAUCGAGUGGCCCAGAAAUAAUCCAGUGUACCAAGGAUCAAGCGUGGCACAAUUCAGCACAGCUUCGUACUUUGCUUUCUCCACCUUGACGUUUUCUCAUGGCCAGAUAAUUACAAGCCCUCUGUCAAAAGUUGUUGUUGUGAUAUGGUGCUUCGCAGUGCUGGUUCUAGUGCAGAGCUACACUGCAAACUUGUCAUCCAUGCUCACUGCAAAGAGGCUCCGGCCAUCAGUGACUGGUCUCGACCAGCUGGUGAGCAAUGGUGAUAAUAUUGGAUACCAAGAAGGAGCAUUUGUGAAAUCCUUUCUGAUAAGCAAAGGAGCCAAAGAUGAUAAGCUAAGGACCUUUACGAACCAAACAGAAUAUGCUGAAGCUUUGAGGAAGGGAUCCAAGAAAGGUGGAGUGUCAGCCAUCAUGGAUGAGAUUCCCUACUUGACCUAUUUCCUCUCUGAUAAAAACAACAAAGAGUUCGAGAUGGGUGAGUGCCUGUACAAGACCCCUGGACUUGCUUUCGUGUUUCCUAGAGGCUGUCCUCUGGUGCAUGAUCUCUCGAUUGCUAUCUUGAACCUAACCGCAGGGAAAGAGAGCACAAGAAUCGAGCAGGAAUGGUUAGGCUCAGCUGCGCAACUGAAAGGCGACAACAGCCCGAUUGCUGAUUCCACGCCUCUCACUUUGCGAAGCUUCUCUGGUCUCUUCGUCAUCACUGGAAGUGUCUCAGCUUCCAUGACGGUUAUAAGCAUCGCCAGGUCGGUCUAUGCCAAGUACUCCAGGGCGAGAGGUUCUUUACCGCAAGACGAGAAUGGCGGAAGUGUGCGCCAUGGAGAAUUCAGAGCUCUGCAGAACGACACGGGCAAUGGCUUUAUGCCUGAUCAACUCCUCCAUCUUGAAGUCAGGGAUAGCAGUUCCCAAAAUGCCCAUGGGAGUGGCGGAAGCACCACCGGUGACGAAGAGGCUGGUCCAGUGCAGGGUAGCAUGCCUAAUGGCUCCGUGCCUGAAGUUCGUAUCCAGAUCGAGAUGAGUGACACUGGCCAUGGUGUGGGCAGGGGCCUGUAGGCAGCAGAUAGAAAAACAGUUUUUCUUUUUUGGCAGAUAGUCACUGACUGACAAUAUGCUACACACACUCGAAAGUGGUGGGGAGCCGUGUAAGAGAAAGAAAAAACACAG